CUUUCCUUAUAAAGCAAUAAAUUGUACGUAUCAUCCCGCACUUCUUUUCUUCUUCUUCAACUCUUCCUUAACAGAGCAUAAUUUUCUAUGAAAGGUGAAUCUGGCCAUUAAUUAGUAUUCGAUAUCUCAGAUAUCGUUGAUUAAUUGUUAUUCCAAAAGAAGAGAAGAAAAUUUGGUGAAGGAAACCCUAGUAAGUAGAUGGGGAGAGGAAAGAUUCCCAUUCGAAGAAUCGAAAAUUCGACGAACCGACAAGUGACUUUCUGUAAGAGAAGAAAUGGGUUGCUGAAGAAAACUAGAGAACUAUCCAUUCUCUGUGAUGCAGAAGUUGGAGUGAUAGUGUUUUCCAGCACUGGCAAGCUUUAUGAAUAUUCAAACACCAGCAUGGAAACAAUCAUUGAGCGCUUUAACAAGCAAAACAAUAAUCAUCAUCGGCUAAUGGAUGCUACUUCAGCAAUCAAGUUUUGGCAGGGAGAAGCAGCAAGCUUGAGGCAACAACUGCAGCAUUUGCAAGAAAACCACAGGCAACUGAUGGGUGAAGAACUUUCUGGUUUGGGUAUUAAUCAGCUAAAACAUCUGGAAAAUCAACUACAAAUGAGUUUGAAUAACGUUCGCAAUAAAAAGGAUCACAUUUUCAGUGAUGAGAUCAAGGAAUUACAACAAAAGGGAAGCUUGAUUCGUCGACAAAAUGAAGAACUUCAUAAGAAGAUAGACCUUAUCCACAAUGAAAAUGCAGAACUAAAGAAGGUUAUUGAAGCAAGGCAUAAGGAAGAAGAAAGGGCAGCACUCAAACCUCCAUGUGCUAUCAAAAAUAGAUAUGAUACACUUGACCCUAACAGUCUGCAACAAAGGCAGUCCCAACCCCAACCCAGUGAACCAUCAGCCGAAGUGAUGAUUAUGGGGUACUCCCUCAAAUUGAAGAUGUAAAAAAUUUAACGUGCAUGUGAUGUAAUUUAAAUUAAAGUAGAAAUAUUUUAAAAAAAUAAGCGAUUAUUCUCUAAAUAUAAACUGCACUAAACAUGCUUUAAGUCUAUAGAUUUUUAUCCUUAAUUACUUUCGUUAUAAAGUAACAAGCCAAGUGUGCAGUGCACUAGAUUACAGCUGCAUUGGUCAAAACCUGUUAGAUAGCGAUCGAACCCAUAUAUGGAGAUGAAUAUGUUCGGUCCAUAUGAUUUCUAAAUCUGUACUGUGUAUCAUGAAUCAUGAAACGAAUAAUGCAUCUUAAUGUACAUCUAUAUCUAUAUAUUGGACAAUAAAGAUAUCUGCGUUGUGCCUGGGGGGUUUUA